AUGUCUUUCUCAUACGCACAGGCAGCCCAGGGCCGCUCGUCAGCAAAAGCUUCUGGCACUGCGACACCGUCUUCUAACUCAGUAGCCGGCGAUGCAACUGCUCUCACAGUCGACUCCACCCUCUCCAAGGUUGAUGGCCUUGCUGGAGGAGAUACUUCCAGUGUCACGUCAGCCAACAACAACGACGAUGGCUCUUCAACACCGAACAGAGCUUCUUCAGAGUCAACAUGGGACACCAAGUCGCAAAACUCGGACCGCCCAGCUAAAGCAGAUGGCGCCGACUCCAAGACCGAAGCACGCGAAUCCAAAGGUGACGCAUCCAAACAACAGAAGCCCAAGCUCCGCGACGCCCCUCCACCGACCGUGAACAUUUGGCAGCAAAGAGCCUCGACCAUGACUCUCACCAAGCCGGCGACAUCAGUACAUACCGCUGCGAGUAGCAAGCAGGAGAAAAAGGCCGAGAAGGCCAAGAACACAGAGGCGAAGAAGCCCGUCGCUGCCAGCACGAAAAACCGCGACCAACGCCAAACGGUCGAGGCACCUCGAGCACGUGGAAAUGUUUCUGCACCGCCACCAUCAAGCGAUGUUGCAUGGCCUACUAUGGAGACAGCACGUGAGGAAGAGCGCAAGAAGUCACAAGUGCAAGAAGAAAAGGCUUCCAAGGAGACCAUCGCCGCACCGUCAACCAAGAAGACCGAGUGGGUCAAUAUGCCUUAUGUGCCCACUGCCGUCUUUGAGACUACACUUCCCGCAAGGGGAGCUCCCCGUGCCGCUCGUGGAGGCGCUCGUGGCGGAAGCAGCUUGAACGGCCGUACAAGUUUCCAGAGUGGUCAGAAUGGAGAAAAGCCUCAAUCGAAGGGUGCAGACGCCACGCAAGAACAGACUGCUGCCGCAAAUGCCGAUGCAGACCGCGAGUCUAUGCCUCCUCCGCCCAAGCCCGUCAAGGUUGAGGAGUCCAAGGAUGUUGCCUCUACCAACGGUGUGGUCCACGAUGCUCCUGUCACCAACGGCGUACCCAAGCGUCACAAUUCAUCUCGUCGCAACAAGUCGCCUCGCAAGUUUGAGCCAGCUGCACGCCGCCCAUCUGCCGCUUCAGUAAGCGCCGAUGCUGUCAACGGAGCUCAACACGAGGCGACCAAGGCCGCAAACAAGGAGCGUACCUUCGACAAUCCUCCUACAUUCCGCGAAGUCAAGUCAGGCAAGCGUGGAAGAGGUGGUCACCGUGGUGGCCUUACUAACGGCCACUUUCCUUCUCAAAACUUCACCAACGGCUUCCCUGGUGACUUUACCCCUGCAGCAGCAGCGCCUUCUUUCCCUCCUCGCGGUGGUCAUUACCCUCAGCAGAGCCGUGGUGGCUUCCGCGGAGGUAUGCGCUCGCAGUCCAUCCCCUUCGACUAUGGUCGUGGUCAGUACCCUGGCUACCCUAUGAUGGUGCCUCAAGGCUACAUGCCCGAAUACUAUGGUGGUUACGCUCCGCCAGUUCCUGCUUACCAGCCGGGUGUGGAACAACUGUACCUUGUUCCCAUGAUCUCUCAGCAAAUCGAAUACUACUUCUCCUUGGACAAUCUCGUCAAGGACAUGUUCUUCCGCAAACACAUGGACUCGCAAGGUUUCGUCUUCUUGACGUUUGUUGCUGAUUUCAACAGACUCAAGUCUUUGACUACCGAUUACGAAUUGCUGAAGUAUGUUUGCCUUAAUUCGCCAAACAUCGAGCUUCGCACAGGUCAAGAUGGAAAGGAUCGUCUACGAAAGGCUGGCGACUGGGAGAUGUGGGUCCUGCCUAUGGCGGAGCGUGAUAUCACAGCUCAAAACGAUGGCCCUGUGUCAUUUGAGCGCCCCGCUGUUCCUCACAUUGGCAUGGCUCCUCCUUUCUACCCAGGUGCCAUGGAGCAGUUCGCUGAGAAUGCUGGUCUUGAGGAAUUCAGAGGUCGCCAGGCCAAAUCACCUCAUCGCGAGAACGGCAUGUCACCUCUAGGCAACUUCUUCAUCCCUGCUGAGGAUAUGGGUGGUGAGCCAGACACCUUCCCUAGCACACAGAUUGACAAUUUGACUGUUGUCGUCCGCAAGCAUGAGGAGACUCCUCGUCGUGCACCUUAUCACACCGCAGGAUCCAGAACUUUCUCUGAUGGAUCUAUCGACUCGAAGAACAUCUACGAGGAAGUCCAGAAGACAAAGGCCCAGGAGAAGAAACCCCAGACGAACGGCACUGAACAACCCGCCACCAACGGAGACGCUUCCGCUGUCGACGGCCCCGCAGUGACAUUGUUCUGGGUCAAGGACCAGAACUCCCCCGUCGACACUCUCCCCGAGGAUACUACCCACGAGAUGUACAGCCACCUUCGAGGCAAGGCCUUGUCGCAGCGUGAAGUUGCAGCUACAGGUACCUGCCCUUACGACAUGGACGUUCUCUACCAAUUCUGGUCGCACUUCCUGAUCCGCAACUUCAACUCGAGCAUGUACGCCGAGUUCCGCCACCUUGCAUUUGUCGACGCCGCGCAACGUCACAACUCCACUGGUAUCACCAACCUUAUCAAGUACUACAGCGAAGCUUUGGCCAGCCAGAUUCCCAUUCGCGAGCGUGUUGGGCGCCACUUUGCUGAGAUGCUGCACUCCGAAAGGACUGGUGGCGAGCGUGUUGCUUUCAUCCAAUUGCGUGAUUCAUGGCGCAGCGCAUCGUUCAAUGUCAACAACCGCAAGAGAUUCGGUGACAUGAUCGAUGCAGACCUCAAGACGGAGCUUGAGGCAUAA